CUGGUCAGAACUUCUGGAGUGUGAAUUACCCCACCAGGAGGGUUUGUGUCUUGAGAGGCUCAUCAGUGGACAUCUCCAGCACCUACACACACCCUAGUUGCUAUAAGACCACCAAUACAUUCUGGUUUAAAGAGAAAACAGUCAGUGACCUGAAAGAUUAUUCUGAGUACACAGGUCGUGUUGAAUACAGUGACAGCGAGGUUAACCAUCACACCCUGAGAAUCACAGGCCUGAGAGAGACUGAUUCAGCUGAAUACAAGUUCACAAUGAUAACAGAUAAAGAUGGGAGGUAUUCUGGCUCUCCUGGAGUGCAGCUGAAUGUCACAGGUCUUCAGGUGAAGGUGACUCCGUCCACAGUGACGGAGGGACAGAACGUGACCCUGACAUGUAGCUCCACCUGUCCUCUGACUGGUAACUCCUCCUACAUCUGGUACAAGAACAACCAAACCAGGCCAGAGACCAAACAGAAGCUCCUGUACCUGGACUCAGUCAGCAGUGAGGAUGCAGGCAGAUACUCCUGUGCUGUGACAGAACACCAGCAUCUCCGCUCUCCUGAAGAGACUCUCAAUGUUACAUGUAUGUGUGUGCUACAUCACGCUUUAGUUACAGAAUACAAUAAAUCAAUAAAAUGUCCAAAAUGA